UCACUUUGCGGAGCUUUCGCACUCACCUCAGCCAGCCGAGCGGAUGAACGGAACCGUGUCUGGGCUUCCUCCGCUGCGGUUCGUCCUCCAUGCCUCCGUCUGAACAAGUUCAUUUGGUCGGAUGUUUUCCCUCCGAGCGUCAUUUGGGAGAGAAUGCGUCUUCUCGUUCUUUUGACUUUAUUUGGAGUCCUUCUUCUCGACGCAGGAGAUGCCCUUCAGAUCCAGUGCUACCAGUGUGAGGAGAUGAAGCAAAAUGACUGCUCCACGCCGGAGUACAUUGUCAACUGCACUGUCAAUGUACAGGACAUGUGCCAGAAAGAGGUGCUGGUGAAACCCGAUGGAAUACAUUACCGAAAGUCCUGCGCCUCCUCUGGGGCUUGCCUCAUCGCCUCCUCUGGCUACCAGCAGUUCUGCACCGGCAGGCUAAACUCAGUCUGCAUCUCCUGCUGCAACACCCCGCUCUGCAACGGGCCCAGGAGGAAGCGUCCCAUCCCUUCGGCAGCGAUGUUCAGCCCGCAGAUGAACCGGCCACUUCUCCUCUUCCUGACCUUCUUCCUGCUACUGCUGGCACUCUCCCCUGUGACGUAAACUGGAGAUCCCAUCACAUCGCACACUGUGCACCUUGGAGCCGGGUUAUACGAUAUACUGAAGGAGCAGAUUUGGACACCACACUGGCUUUGUAUCUUCUCAGCGUCACGAAAAACGGUCAAUAUGAUCGAUAUAACACCGUAACCACUGAGAAUGACACUGGAAAGCUAGAGAAGUGGAAGCAUACCAUGCUCUCUCAUUUAUUGCUCAUGCUGCUAGAGAAGGACCAGCAGCCGAGGCGUCUCUCAAUUUCUUUGCAUUUUUGUGAAGUGGAGCGUUGUGUGAGGAACCUGCUCUGAAGUUAUUUUCUGGUUAUUACACGCUGUAAAAAGUGUUGGUAGAAGUUAUAGUAUAAAAUUAUAUUUUUGAGCUUUUUUUGUGGGCUUUGUUUGAUUGAUGGUUUGAACCAGCAAUGGUAGUUUUCUCUCUUGUUAACGCUGUUGCUAUUGUUGUUUAGAAUACACAGAUUUUCAUAUUUUGAAUUGAUAAUGACUGAACUGACAUUAUGAACCCAAAAUAUACCUUUCUUCUUCAAAUAUGAUGAAGAAGGUACUGUCAUUCAGGCAAAUAAGAACUGAAUUGGAAGGGUUCUUGGAGCUUAUUAUCUAUGAUAUAUAUGCAUAUUUUCCACUGCUGCACAGUAUUAAUUUACAUUUUGGAAAGCCUGUUUGUUUUAUUGCUUAUUCAUCGUUGAUCAAAAUAUAUAAAAGUGGAUUCUGGCAUAUAAGAAGCUUAUUAGAUAUAUUAAUUAGACUUUAAUAUUAUAUAUAUUCCUUUGUAAUAUGAGAUAUUGAGCUGUGUUAGAGCUAAACUUGGAAACACCCAGUACAAUUGAUUAUAAAAUUUAAUGACAUAGACAUAGUGCAGUAUAAGAACAAGCUAUAAGCACAAAUAUAUUCUCACUAGAGAAAUGCUUCAGGGUGAUUUCGGUGAUAUUUCGUACACAAAUUAAAAAUAUGCGGCAAUCAUAGCUAGUAGUGCAUGUAGCCAAUGCUGUAGGCCAGAUACUGCAUUUUAUAAUCUACACCGAUGAAAAUAAUUUGACUUGUAUGGAUCUUAUUUCCAUGACCAGAUGGGCAUUUUGGGAACAUCGCAAGUUUAUACUUACCUUGAAAUGAUUUAUUUGCAUAUUGAUUUGUUUCAUUAUGUUCUAUUUAACUGCUAUAAUUUUAUUGCUUUUUCCAAUCUGUGCAGUAUUCUAUUUAAAUGUGGUGAACGUGCUGUAGACAACAGCGAUGCAGACACUCUCUAACUGUAUUGUAAUGCCACACAUGAAGGUAUUAAUGAUCGAGGGCAGAGCAAAAUCCAGGAAAGUGCACUGAGGUGCCACAUCAGUUAGACAUUGGUUUCACAUCAUGACGCGAUUGUUUUCAUAUUAAACAGAAACUUGUAUGUUGAUUAAUAAUAUAAGACUUAUUUCAGAGCAUCAUGUGACUGUCCCGGACACAUAAAAACAAGAUGGACCGUCCGAUAAAUGUUCAUGGGAGUUUUUUGACUGGUCUUCUGUGAAGAGUAUACUAUAAGAGUAUGUAUUCUGUGGUGUAAAUAAAUGUUGCAGAAAACCUGA